AUGCCUAUACAGACCCGCGCGCUGCCCGCGGAUGCUCCGCGCACUUGCACGCGCAGCGUUCCGCCAUCGCCUUCCCCGCGCCAACUUCCCCAAGCUUCCGCGCUGUCGUGGUCAUCACAAAGCCUCGCGUCCGCUGCGCUCAAUGUGGCGGUGGCUGCUCCGCGUCCGCGGCGCAACGGGCAGCAAGGGCUGCGAGUCGCGGCUUCAGUUGCAGAGGCAGCCACUCAAUCGGAAGGGAAGGGCGCGAAUAAGUCGCGUGAGAAGCGCUCGUGGACGUGGCAGCGCGCCAACGGCCAGCCGAGCAUAGAGAUUAACUACGUCGUCUACCCUACCUCCGGCUCGGACCCCCCCGAGUCGCUCGUCCUCUUCCUGCCGUCCUUUUCCGACGUCAGCACGGUGGACGAGUGGGACCACGUGGCGUCCGACGUGGCAGCGCUGCCGCCGCCCAGCGCCGCGGAGGGAGGGCGCCAGGUGGCGACUCUGGAUUGGCCUGGGUUUGGCGAGUCGGAGCGCCCGGCUCUUGAGUACACGGCGGCUAUUAUGGAGGAUUUUCUGGUGGACUUCGUUAAUUACAUCGGCGCUGGGCGGAGAGUGGUGCUGGUGGGAGCGGGGCACGCCCCCGUGGCAGCGCUGAAAGCCGUGGCGGACGGGCGGCUUAAAGCAGCAGCGCAGGGCGGAAGAGUGGACGUGCAGGGGGUGGUGGCAGUGGCACCCACGUGGGCUGGGCCUCUGCCUAUUGUGUUCGGACACACUGACAAGAUGCGCCCACGCUACGCCAUAUUUCGCUCGCUCGUGCGUUCCCCAGGCCUGGGCUGGGCGCUCUACCGCUUUGCCCUCACCUCGCCGCGCAACAUGCGCCAGCAGUACCUCUCGCACGUCUACGCCGACGCCGACAACGUCACACCCUCCCUCCUCGACUCCCGCACCUCCAUCACACGCCGCCCGGGCGCCCGCUUCGCCCCCGCCUCCUUUGUAUCGGGUCUCCUAGACAGCGUAAAAACCCGGGAAGAAUUCGUGGGGUUGUUUGCUCGGGCGGAAGAGGAGGGCGUGAGGGCGUAUGUGGUGGCGAGUAAGGGGUGUCCCAGGAGGAGCAAGGCGGAGAUGCAGGCUGCCAAGGGCGCGGCGGGAGUGGCGGGGUAUGUGGAGGUGGAGGGGGCGUUGCUGCCGCAUGAGGAGUAUCCCAUUCAGACGUCUGAGGCAGUUAAGGGGAUUCUGGCAGAGCUUAAGUCGUUUGAGGCUGUCAAGGGGAUUCUGGCGGAGCUCAAGGCGUGA